ACCUGCUUUGCUUUUUCUGCUGCUUCCGUGAAUGCUACUGACGGUAGUGGUUUGGCCUUUUCUUUUUGGAGGUUAAUGUCUUCUUCUUGCUAGAUCUCUUGAGCUUCUUUCGCAGCUUUGCUAUUUGCAUUUUGUUUUGGAUGUGGCUCGAGUUCGCUUUUGGAGUGGGGAUGGUUUUUGAACUUUUCGGUUGUGUUUCUCGGAAUCGAGAGCGUUUCUGUGAUGCAUUGUGUGAUGGUUUUUUGUCAAAAAUUUGGAAAUCUCUCCUUCGCUGCUGUUUUGUUGCUUGUUAGAUCAUCGUUGUUGAGUUGCAUAGGAGCUUCAGAGCUACAGAGUAUGGGAUUUCUUUUGUAAUUGCUGUUACUCUGAGUCUCCUACCUUUUUGGAUUUGAAUUGAAGUUUUAUUGCCGUAAAUCCUGAAUUCGAGUCGGCGUCUGCCAUUUCUGACUUUGAGAUUUCGCCGGAUUAAGUACACGACGAAGGGCAACUGCUGAUCUAUUGAGUUGAUUUCAUUCGGAAACUCUGUUUGGUCACAAAUUCCCAUUGUGAUUCACUUCGAUCUAUUUUGCCUUUUAUCCAUUUCGCAGAUUCAUAAAUCUAUUGGCGACUUUGGUAAUUAUUUGACUUCUCAAGGAAGGAGUAAAGAAUAAUAAUAUCUUUUUUGUGUCACCCACAUACAUAGAGAUUUCCUCUCUACAGUUUCAUAAGAGGUUUUUAAGUUAGUAUGAUUCUGAGAGUUGCACUGGUGCCAUAAGUUACCUGUAAACUGUGAGGAUUUAGCUUCUGAAGGGUUGUUGGAAUUGAUUUGAUAACUUCACAGUGAUCCCAAUUGAUAACCUUCCUCUUUCUCACUGCUUCAUUUGUUUAUUGUUGCAAGUUCGAAUCUGUUAAAAAUGAAGGAGAUUGACAAGAGGAAAACACCUAUUAAGAACCAGAGUAAACGAACUCCAAGACUGGAGAGGAAAGAACGCAGACCACAUCAAGAGAAUAUUAGCAAACCUGUGGAUGCUAAAGAAACCGUAUCUAAAUCGUUGGAUAUGAAGCCUAACAACUUAGUAAGCGAGUCAGACAAAGACAUGAAACCCUUAGAGGUUCAGCAAGACUUGGCAAUAGAUCAUGUUGCUGAGGCCAACAAGGUUGAGGAGACUCAUCUGCAUUCUAAAGCUAAUGCGAUUGGUGGCAGAGAGAAUGUGAACGGGGUCGUAGAUGACAAAUGUAAUGUGUUGGAGAAAGAUCUAAAUCACAUGAAGGAAGAAGUUUCAGAUUCAGAAACCACGGCAGAUUCGAUUUCAUCAACAAGUGAUUCGACGACAACAAAGGAAGAGAAAAUAGAAAAAACAUCAAAUUUUCCUGAAGAUAUUUUAGAAGAUAACAGUUCAGAUUGCUCUCUUCACAAUUCAAUUGAACAAUUUGAUCGUGGUAUAAAUAAAUCACAGUCCAAGGAAUUAUCUUGCACUCAAAAGAAAACAUCAAAUUUGGAAAGAGAGCCUUCCAGAGUUAAAAACAAGAAUUCUUCCAAAAGCAAUUCUAAAAGUGCAAAAAUUGUGCCUAAGCCUUCAUCAGAUUCUUCUGAAGGAACUGAUUACCAGAUUGUUGAUGAGGUAAAGGAUAUUGAAGUCUUGGAUGAGGCACUAAAUGGAGUUUUGAGCAUUAGAAAUGGUCCUGAUACCAAUGGUGACCAUGAUGAUCAAGCUGCUUGUGAACAAAAAAUUGAAGAAUUGGAAAAUAGAAUUGAUAAACUUGAAGAGGAAUUGAGAGUUGUUGCGGCUCUUGAAAUGUCUCUGUAUUCAGUGGUGCCAGAGCAUGGGAGCUCUGCACACAAAGUGCAUACACCUGCUCGACGCCUAUCCAGAAUUUACAUUCAUGCCUGCAAACAUUGGUCUCAAGACAAGCGAGCCACAGUUGCAAAGAACAUUGUAUCAGGGCUAGUUUUAAUUGCUAAAUCAUGUGGGAGUGAUGUUCCGAGGUUAACCUUCUGGCUAUCAAACGCUAUUGUGAUGAGGGAGAUAACAGCUAAAACAUUUAGUAGCAUGCGUAGCACGAGUCCAAUGAAAAAUUUUGUUGAUUCCAACAACAGUAGCCAGGGAAAUGGAGGGAAGCCAACUACUUUUCAAUGGAGGAAUAUUUAUGGCAGUAAACAAGUAAAUAAAUAUAUCCAGCUUGUAGAGGAUUGGCAAGAGACAGGAACAUUUAUGGCUGCAUUAGAAAAAGUUGAAUCCUGGAUCUUUUCUCGGAUGGUUGAGUCUGUUUGGUGGCAGUCUUUGACACCGAAUAUGCAACCUCGAGACGCAUCCAAAAGUAAAGGCAGAGAACGGUUAUUGGGACCUCCCCUAGGCGAUCAGCAGCAAGGGAACUUUUCGAUUAACCUGUGGAGAAGUACUUUCCAGGAUGCUUUUCAACGACUCUGUCCUGUCCGAGCAAGCGGUCAUGAGUGUGGUUGUCUUCCUGUGCUUGCAAGAAUGGUUAUGGAACAGUGUGUUGCCAGGCUAGAUGUGGCCAUGUUUAAUGCUAUUCUCCGUGAGUCUGCCCAUGAGAUUCCAACCGAUCCUGUCUCGGAUCCUAUUGUUGAUGCCAAAGUUCUUCCCAUACCUGCUGGAGAUUUGAGCUUUGGAUCUGGCGCACAACUUAAAAAUUCUGUUGGAAAUUGGUCUAGAUGGUUAACUGACAUGGUUGGUAUCGAUGCCGAUGAUUCUUCGAUAGAUCAACAGGGCAGUGAUGACGACAUUAGACCAGAUGGAGAUGGACGACCAAAAUCAUUUCCUCUUCUUAAUUCAUUGAGUGAUCUCUUGAUGCUCCCAAAAGACAUGCUUACAGACCGUUCAAUCAGACAGGAGGUAUGCCCAUCGAUUGGUCUCUCGCUGAUUAAGAGGAUACUUUGUAAUUUUACUCCAGACGAGUUCUGCCCGGAUCCCGUUCAAGGAACUGUCUUGGAGUCCCUUAAUGCCGAGAGUAUUGUCGAACGGCGAUUAUCGGGAGGCUUCGGCAGGAACUUCCCAUACACAGCUGCUCCAGUUGUUUAUAUUUCUCCUUCAACAUCUGAUGUGUCAGAAAAAGUUGCAGAGGCUGGAGGAAAGUCCCACUUGGAAAGGAACAUCUCCAUGAUUCAGAGGAAGGGAUAUACAAGCGACGAAGAACUAGAGGAACUGGAUUGUCCUCUUUCAUCCAUCGUCGAUAAAUCGACUUCAUCUCCGACGAACAAUGCUCAUGGAAAUGGCCGACAUGAAGAGGAUACGACGUUAAUAACCAACACGAGGUACAAACUCCUUCGAGAAGUAUGGUCUCUAUGAUGAAUUCUCAAAUUAGUCUUGUAUUUAUUGCAUACGUAUAUAUUGUUUCCUUGUGAAAGUUGAAGUUGAAUGAGAAAAAUACCAAAAUGAAAUAGAAUUGAGAGGAGGGGGAAUAGUAAAGAUUCUCAUAGAGAUUAUCAGGUUAUCUGAGCCAAAUUUUCUUGUAUAUUGGAUUUGAGUAUUUGUUCUUAUAUAUAAAUCAUGAACAAAUAUACAAUCUGCAAUUUGUCUCC